UUGAUUGUUUAUCAUGUCAAGACUGAGCUAGUGUUUAUAGGUGAAAACCAGGGGAUUGUCUCAGGAAAUUGACUCUUAGCACUUAAAUCCGAGAAUUGUUCAGGCAUUAGUCAUUCUAGGUGUCUGAAUAUGCGUUCAGUGGGUCGAAUUCAGUUGUGACAAUGACACUGCUCCAUUAUUGACAAGCUCCAGCGACUGUUCACAGGCUCCGUCAGGCCAUGCUUCACUCAUCAAUCCUGACAAAUAAAAACAAAAAUUCCUCGAGAUGAUGAGCGAGGAGGACAGGCAGAUACGAGUGGCAGCUGAGAACUUGCUGAGUGGUUCGGUCCAGUCGCAGAGGAGUUCGUAUACUCAACGGAGUAUCAGUAGCAUCAACAGAGAUUACAUCGUCAGUGAGGAUCUGAUAGCUGGGAGUCGUCACAAUGGCAGGAUGUCCCCUGUCAGGAGGUUUUUCUGCCUGCUCGUCACCUUCGAUCUUCUUUUCACCUGUCUCAUGUGGCUGAUAUGCACCACAAUAGCAGGGGAGAAUAUCACCACAGCAUUCGUUCAGCAGGUGCUGCACUACCACAUACAAUCAUCAUUAUUCGAUAUUGUCAUGAUGGCAGCAUGCAGAUUCACGAUUCUCCUCCUGUUUUACGGUCUGCUGUACAUAAGCCAUUGGUGGAGUAUCGCGCUCACCACUGCCACUACCAGUGCCUUCCUGGGAGCCAAGGUCUAUCUGUUCAAUUGGAGUGGUGUCACUCAACCCGGAUUCCAAGCCCUUUUGAUAAUAACAUCGUUCGUUCUCGCCUGGGGCGAGACGUGGUUCUUCGAUAGUCGUGUGGUGCCUCAAGAAACACAAGCCAGAGAAUGGAUACUGAAUGCUGUAGAUUCUGAACGAGCUCCACUGCUGAGACACGUAUUCGAUGGACCUCCGAGCCGAAUGGCCGAGAGUGUUGGCAAUUUUUUUACACCCAUGGAUUCCCCGACGCACUCCGAUGACGAGGAGCCAAGGGCCUUCAGGAGACGAGACGUCAGGAGUGAAGAGGAUUUUUCCAGUAGAAUUUCUGUUAUGCCCUCGUUAACGCCAGAACAGAUUGAUGAGUAUAAGAGAAAAGCAAGCACACUAUUGGAGCAAGCUCAUCACUUGGUGAUAUCCAAUGACUGGAAAACGAUAACUACGACUCCAGAAGGGGAUGUUAUAUCUGCGUUGAACCGCAGCUAUGGAAAGGUUGUACGUAUAGAGGGAAUAGUCAAUGCGCCUGCCUCUCAACUCCUGAACAGUCUCUUCGAGAAGGUUGAGGACCUGCCAUCAUGGAACGAGGAAGUGACAGACGCCAAAAAAAUUCAGACAAUCGAUGAGGACACGGAUAUCGUUUAUCAGUCAACAAAGAGCUUCGGUGGAGGCCUGGUUGGUGCUAGAGAUUUUAUCACAUUACGUCAUCGCGGCCAGUGCGGCGAUUACUUCAUCAGCAGUGGAGUGGCCGCUAAUUCCGAAUUUCCACAUCGGAAAAAUUACAUCAGAGGAGAAAAUGGAAUAGUCUCCUGGGUAACACAACGAUUACCCGAAAAUACCGAGAGGAAUAGCUGUAAAUUCAUGUGGAUGUUGAAUACGAAUCUGAAGGGGUGGCUGCCACAACGAGUAAUAGACAAUGCCCUCAACAGCACAAUGAUAAAUUUCAUGAGUUCGUUGAGAGCUCACGUGGAAGACUUGUCCCCCACAUUCUGUUGAUCUCCAGAUCCACCCUAGGAGUGCCAGAAUGAAUACUCGAUUGUCUACUUUAUUUUGUGAUACAGUUGUGUUAGAUUCGAUGUCCAGCAAAGCUCUCAGCCUUGCUCCCUGAAGCAGGGGAAAAUGUGUUUUAUAUUUCAUGAAAAAAUCAUGAAAAAUAUUUGUGAAUUAUAUGAUAAGGGCGACCUAUAGAAUAGUCAACGCGAAUUUAUACGUAGGAAAUGGAAUGUCUGGGUGAGACUGUGCACUCGCGAUCAAUUCACUGAAUCAAGUGGUUCCUCAUUCCUGUGCAGAGGGAAUCAAUCGUGACUAUCUUUAUAUACAGUUUUAUUGCAUAAAGUGCUUUAGCAUUUAAUAUUCUGCGUCAUAUUUCGAUUUGUGCAAUAAGUUUGUAUUAUUUCCAACGGAUUUACCUAUUGUGAUUUUUCUCCAGUGUAAAAAAAUAAAUUUCAAAUAUUUAUAUAAUA